AUGGAGAACAAUCGAACUUUUAGCAUGAUUUACUUGGAUCUGAAGACCUCGAUAAUCAAUGAGCUAAACCAAGCUAAAGAGCUUCUCAUCAAACAAUUUCAAAUUAAUCUUGAUGCUAAUUACUCUACUAAAAGCAACUUGUUAUUACCUGUAAUCUUAUAUUCUCUAGAUAACUGUCUUUCAUUGAUGAGUGGGAUUAACUUCGAAGCUAGCAGUCAGUCUCAGGCGACCGGGAUGAUUGAAUCAUCAGGACCCGUUGGUGGAAAUCAUCUCCGGGCGACUGUCCCUCUGUUCCGGAAACCACAACCGAAAUGGACAGGUCAUGUACGUAUAUGCAAGCAGAAGGGGCUCCAAGUAUCUCUAGAUGAUGGAUAUAAUUGGAAAAAAUAUGGACAGAAAGACAUUCUUCGCGCAAAACAUCCAAGAUGUUCGCGUAGCAGUGCUGAAGGGUGUAAAGCUAUGAAACAUGUUCAACAAUCUGACGAAGAACGAUCGAUGUUUAUUGUUACAUACCAAGGGAAACAUACUUGUAUCGAGGGAGUAAGUGGCAACAACAAUUUUUCUUCAAUGACACUGGAUAUUCAAUCCACAAGUAGUUCUUUUUCAGGUCCUGCUGCUUCAGAAUCCAGUUCAUUUUCUAUUUACAAUAUAUUAAACAACUCUGAAGGUCGACACAACUUACCAACUUCAGAAUACGAUGAUCUUUGUGAACUUACUUCAGCAACUUCGGCAUUGGAUCCUACAGAAGUUUAUUUAGAUUUAGACUCGUACGUUUAA